CGAGAGCGUGAGCGAGGCAGGAAUCAAUAGCCGAAAGUGUUUACCUCGUCUGUGAGACACGGUGGACACGCGCAGAGGCGAGGGAAGGAAGGGAGGAAAAGGGGGUGAGAAGGAGGAAAAACAGACAGUGGGGAACAAUCGGUGGGUGUAUCUCAGCUAGAGGAGGAACAGAAGGAGCGGAGGAUAAAACGAUAAACGCUGCUCUCUUUUCUUCUUUUUACAUUGUUUUUAAAGAUGGGGCAGUGAAAGAGCGUGUGCGCCCGUCGUGUCAUAACGCAUCCACCGACUAGCCCAAGACAAGCGCGCCACCGUCCGUUCAUGGCGUAAAAACAGGGGGUAAGUCUACAUAAAUAUAAGUGAAAUAAUUAAAUAAUUCGCUGUGGCGAGAAGAGCGUCAUCCGCAGUGUGUCUCUCUCUCCUUGCACCACCUAAGUGCAGCUGAGACAGAAGAGAGACGAGGAUACAGCAGGGAGGGGAGAGAGAGAAACCGCUUCCCUUACCGAAUCAAGGAGAGAGGAGACGCGACUUGCAGACAGAAAAUAACGGGAAUAUACCUAACGUAUCUGUGACCAACCGGCACUGCGAAGGUUUUGGAGGUGUUUUUAACGGUGAGCAGGGAUUCGGUGUUGCAGCGGCCUACCUGAAGAACCGCACAUGUCGGCACGUUCGAGCACCCCAUCUCCAUCCCCGCCCUGCGCGGAGCCCUGUUCGGUCUGAAACGGCAGGGCCUGGCGGGUUACCGAAUAUCGGAACCGUUCACGGAACCGGGGAACAGUGAUGCGUUAUCGAAGCGGAAUCAGAUCGACGAUUUUAUGAUAUGAGUCUGGUAUGACCUAAUCAAUUAAUGAUUUAUUAUUCAUUGAUGUGGACGGACCAAUCAAACGACUGAUUUUAUGGAUUCAUGUUGUUGACGUUUUCUUGAAUGGAAUAAUUCCAAUAACCGGUGCUCUGGUAGUUCUGCUUUAUCGGUGUGAUGUGCUUUAUGUAAGGAUCCAUAGGCUAUAGGCUAGGCUAUAUCCAUGACAGAAAUAUAUAAAUAAAUACCAAAUUUAGGCCGAUGACAGGCUGAUGACGCCAAUACGGCAAAGCAACCCUCACAGUUGUAACCUAAAUAAUCCACGUGCUUCUUCCUGUCCGUCAGUAGAUACAUGGAUCAUUUCCGUUAGAUCAAUGCGCUUGUCUUUGUGUAAAAAUAUGUUUCGUUAUUUCAAAAACGACUGGAGCAACGUUUUUUUCCUCCCUCCGCUGUAUUGAGACGGUAUAGGCAGCAGGCAGGCAGUCACAAGGUGCGAAACGAAUUGAACUUCAAGCAACAGCAGAACACACACACACACAGCCUAUUUAUUUUACCCUCCUGUCCUCUAAUCUUCCAUCCAUCCAUCUCUGGACUGCAGCACUCCGUCUCUAUCCCUCCCUCCUUCCUCCCUCCUUCAUCUAAUUCCUCACUAUGUUUUAUUCCCAGAUUAUCCAUUUUGAUUUAAGAAAAUAAUUACGUAUUGGCUCUAUAAGAGGUUUUAAAAAACAGUUUUUCACCUCCAUCCUGUACACCUCUCCUUUACUAUCAUAUCAUCGGUACAUCUGGUCACACACACACACACUUGACACACACACCGGGCCGCUCGCUAACACGGCACGGCCACGAUGGAGACGACUAAACUGCCCCCGACCAGCCCUUCCUCCCCGACCACCGGGUUCUCGGUCCCAUCAGCGGAGAAGGUGGAUGGGUUUCCCCGGCGGUCGAUGCGCAGAGCCCGGCAGAGGCGCUCCCACUCCUCGUCCCAGUUCCGCUACCAGAGCUCCCAGGUCGAGCUGACGCCGCUGCCACUACUCAAAGAUGCCCCAGUGGCAGAGCUCCAUAACCUGUUCUGUAAGAAGCUGCAGCAGUGCUGUGUCCUCUUUGACUUCCUGGACUGUGUGGCCGACCUCAAGGGGAAGGAGAUCAAACGAGCUGCGCUCAACGAGCUGGUGGAGUCUGUUGCAACCAGCAGAGGAGUUCUGAUAGAGCCACUCUACCCAGAGGCUAUUAAGAUGAUCUCAGUGAAUAUCUUCAGGACGUUACCUCCCAGUGAGAACCCAGAGUUUGACCCGGAGGAGGAUGAACCCACUCUAGAGGCCUCCUGGCCACACCUACAGCUGGUGUACGAGUUCUUUCUGCGUUUCCUGGAGAGCCCAGACUUUCAGCCCUCGAUGGCCAAACGCUACGUUGACCAGAAGUUUGUUCUACAGCUGUUGGAGUUGUUUGACAGUGAGGAUCCCAGGGAGAGAGAAUACCUGAAGACCAUCCUGCAUCGUGUCUAUGGCAAACUGCUGGGUCUGCGGGCGUACAUACGUAAACAGAUCAACAACAUCUUCCUCAGGUUCAUCUAUGAGACUGAGCACUUCAACGGAGUAGCAGAGCUACUGGAGAUUCUGGGCAGCAUUAUAAACGGGUUUGCGCUACCCCUGAAGUCGGAACACAAGCAGUUCCUGGUUCGAGUCCUGAUCCCUCUACACACAGCCAAGUCCCUGUCCAUCUUCCAUGCACAGCUGGCAUACUGUGUGGUCCAGUUCAUGGAGAAAGAUGCCACGGUCACAGAAUACAUCAUACGAGGGCUGCUCAAGUACUGGCCCAAAACCUGCACCCAGAAAGAGGUGAUGUUCCUAGGGGAGAUAGAAGAGAUACUGGAUGUGAUUGAGCCGUCUCAGUUUAUCCGUGUUCAGGAGCCUCUCUUCAAACAGAUCACUGCCUGCAUCUCAAGUCCACACUUCCAGGUAGCAGAGAGGGCUCUGUACUUCUGGAACAAUGAGUACAUCCUGUCUUUGAUAGAGGAGAACAGUCAGGUGAUUCUACCGCUGGUCUUCACUACACUCUACAGAGUCUCCAAGGAGCACUGGAACCAGACAAUAGUCUCUUUGAUCUACAAUGUUCUGAAGACCUUUAUGGAGAUGAACAGCAAACUGUUUGAUGACCUCACUGCCUCUUACAAAGUGGACAAACAGAAGGAGUUGAAGAGGGAGCGUGAGCGUGCAGAGCUGUGGCGGGGGUUGGAGGAGCAGAAGGAGAGGAGGCUUCAGACCCUGGGGGAGACCAGUCGUAAUCAGAAGAACCUCCAGGAGAGAGGGGAGCCUCCUCAGCCCUCCUCCCCACAGACGACACUCCCUAAGCAGCCAGACCUCAAGCCCAGUGGACCCUCCUCCACCACCUAGAGCCAGACAGAGAAUCAGUACCAGAGCCACAGAGCACAGAACAUACUGAUACAGUUAGCACACACACACACACACACACACACACACACACACACACACACACACACACACACACACACACACACACACACACACACACACACACACACACACACACACACACACAUAGCCAUACACAGGCAUAACGUAUACUGUAUACACAAGCUCAUGCAAAGUGUACACAAAUACAAAAUAUGAAUUGACUCACACACACACAAACACACACUAAUUACAUACACAGACUGAACACACAGACUGAACACACAGAGAACACACAGACUGACCACACAGACUGAAUACACAGACUGAAUUACACAUUUUUUUAACUGAGGCUCACCUUGAUGGGAUAAAGGAUUCUGCACUUAUUUAUUUGUAUAUUGGUAAUGACCUCCAUCUCAUCUGUCCCAUACAGCAAAAUCAUCUAUUUCCUGUUGACAAACGUUUAUUCUAGAUUAAAUAGUUUUUUUGUUAACUAUUUUCAUAGUUCCUUACUCAUGAUGAUUAAAUUGUGUGUACCCCUUUAAAAAAAUGUAGCUAUGGUAAAGCUAUGGUAAAAAUAGGUGUUUAUUUUUUGACAGACAUCCGUUUUUCUGUUUUUCGGUCAUUCAUUAAGAUGCAACCACGGACACAAAGUCAUCCAUGCUCCGUUUGUUUAUAUGGUACAGCUAACAGAGCAUUCACACCUAUCCACGCUAGCCUGCCCUCAUGUGGGUGCUAGCAAGCAAGCUAGGUAGUGGUACGUAUCAACAGCCAUUGUCAGCCAAUUCAGUAAGGGGUUGGAAGCCAUGUGAGCUUUCGAUUGGUCACUUGCGUCACGAUAUUCUCUGAGGAUUUGCAUAAAGUUGAGCGUUACCCAACUUUAGUCCCACCCUGUUCAGUUCCCUCUCCCUGCCCACUUCCCCUCGCCCA